CAAAACUUAAUUUUACACGUUGAUACAUGAGAACAAGCUUUGUUCGGCUUUCUCAUUAUCACCAAAUACACCUGCUAUUUUGUUUUCAUAACAUUUAUUAUUUUUAUUUUUUGCACUCAUUUACUACACUUGGUUACCUCUCACCCUCAUCUUCUUCUUCGAUCGUAUCGUACACUGUCACUCGUCUCUUAUGAACUUUCCAAAAAAAACAAAAAUAAAAAUAAAAUAAACAUCUCUCCGUUUCUACCGGUAAUAAUUGCGUUAGAAAAUCUAGGCUUUUUGCCUUUGUGAGAUUCUAACGAAUCAUGGCGGCCGUCGAUUCAACUGAUCGGCGGGACUUCAUCGUGAACAUCAACGGCCAAGAGAGUGGAGCCGUCGGUGGUGCUACAGGGUCAAGCAGCAAUGCUGAGGGAGGUUCUAUUUGGAAAGAAUCUAGUUAUGAUUUCUGGGAUGGUGAAAAGGGUAAGAAUGAUAAGAAAGGAGACGACGACGACGACGAAGACGGCGGCAGUUUCCAUUUCAGGCAGCGGAGGCAUAAGUCUGUUGAGUUAUCUGACCCGCCGUCGAAGCUGAUUAGGCAGUUCCUCCACAAGCAGAGAGCUUCAGGAGACGAGAUCUCUCUUGAUGUUGAGCUUAACAUGGCUGAGCUACAGAGCAACACGCCGCCACGUGCUGCAACUACAAGCAACACGCCGCGACAUGGCUUAUCAACGAUUUCUGAAUCUUCUUCUCCGUUCACGACCAAAGUUAAAGCCGACGCUGUGAGACGGAGGCAGAACAGAAUAUCCCUUGGUGGAAGUAGCGACGAAGAAGGACGAAACAGAGACGAAGCAGAGGUUGUGAAGUGUAGUUCGAAUAAACCGAUGCUGAGUAGGAACAAGACUAAAUCAAGACUGCAGGAUCCUCCUACGCCGAAACAUCCGGCGAUUGACAAAACAGAGAUGAAGUCCGGUCGGAGAUCCGGGAUUUUUAAAUCUGGGUUUCUUGGGAAAAGCCCUAAAGCCGGUACUCCAGGUCGCGGUGGGAUCAUGGACGAAGAAGAAGAGGAAGAUCCGUUUCUAGACGAGGACUUGCCGGAGGAGUACAAAAGGGAUAAACUUAGCAUAUGGCUUUUGCUUGAAUGGAUAAGUCUAGUUCUCAUAAUCACCAGUCUGGUAUGUAGCUUAACCGUACAUAGCUUGCAACGCAAGACAUGGUGGAAGCUAGAUUUGUGGAAAUGGGAAGUGACGGUUCUGGUCUUGAUAUGUGGGAGAUUAGUGUCGAGUUGGAUAGUGAGAAUCAUUGUCUUCUUGGUCGAGAAAAACUUCCUUUGGAGGAAAAGGGUUUUGUAUUUCGUCUACGGUGUGAGAAAAUCUGUUCAAAACUGCUUGUGGUUAGGGCUAGUGUUGCUCGCUUGGCAUUUCUUGUUCGAUAAGAAAGUGGAAAGAGAGACUCGGAGCACGGCGCUUCGGUACGUGACGAGAGUGUUGGUAUGUUUGCUUGUAGCUGUUAUCAUUUGGUUGGUUAAAACAAUUCUGGUUAAGGUUCUUGCUUCGUCGUUCCACAUGAGCACUUACUUUGAUCGGAUCCAGGAGUCGUUGUUCACUCAAUACGUGAUUGAGACUCUCUCGGGUCCUCCUUUGAUGGAGAUUCAGCGAAUGGAGGAAGAGGAGCUAAAAGUAACAGAAGAUGUUAAAAUCUUAGAGAAAUUAGCUGGAGCUAAGUUGCCUCCAGCUCUAAAGGAGACUGUUAAAAGUUUUAUGAAAGUCGGGAGAGGACCUGGGCUGACUCGGCUUGGUUCCAAGAAAGGAGAAGAUAGCGAAGGGAUAAGGAUUGAUCAUUUGCAAAGAAUGAACACAAAGAAUGUAUCUGCUUGGAACAUGAAGAGAUUGAUGAACAUUAUACGAAAAGGCGCUCUUUCUACUUUGGAUCAAAAGAUUCAGGACACAACUCAGGAGGAGGAAGACGCUACUCAAAUAAGAAGCGAGUACGAAGCUAAGUGUGCAGCUAGAAAGAUUUUCCACAAUGUCACCGAGCCUGGUUCAAGGUACAUAUAUUUGGAAGACUUCUUGCGUUUUCUAUGUGAAGAGGAGUCUGAAAGAGCUAUGGCUCUCUUCGAAGGAGUUUCAGAGAGCCAUAAGAUCAGCAAGUCUUGCCUCAAGAAUUGGGUGGUUAAGGCGUUUAGAGAACGGAGGGCUCUGGCUUUGACCUUAAACGAUACAAAAACUGCAGUGAAUAGGCUUCACCGUAUAAUCAACGUGUUGAUUGGCAUUAUAAUCAUAAUCAUCUGGCUUCUUAUACUAGGAAUCGCCACAACCAGAUUCUUGCUAGUCUUAAGCUCUCAGCUUCUUCUAGUAGCUUUUGUAUUCGGAAACUCAUGCAAAACCAUCUUCGAAGCUAUCAUUUUCCUUUUCGUUAUGCACCCAUUCGAUGUCGGUGACCGCUGCGAAAUCGACGGUGUUCAGUUGGUCGUGGAGGAGAUGAACAUAUUGACGACUGUUUUCUUGCGAUAUGAUAAUCAGAAGAUCAUAUACCCGAAUAGUGUUCUCGGCACAAAGCCAAUAGCUAACUAUUACCGAAGUCCUGAUAUGGGAGACGCGGUCGAGUUCUGUAUCCAUAUAGCAACUCCUCCUGAAAAGAUAGCUGCUAUUAAACAAAGAAUACUCAGUUAUGUAGACAACAAGAAGGACUAUUGGUAUCCAGCACCUAUGAUUGUAUUCCUAAGUAUGGAUAACUUGAAUAGUGUGAAAAUCGCGGUGUGGUUGACACAUAGAAUGAAUCAUCAAGACAUGGGAGAGAGGUAUAUAAGAAGAGGCCUAUUACUAGAGGAAGUGGGAAAAGCUUGUAGAGAGCUUGAUAUCGAGUAUCGUUUAUACCCUCUUAACAUUAAUGUUCGAAGUCUCCCUCCUACGGCUAGUCCAAUGACUUCAGAUCGCAUUCCUCCUUCGUGGAUGCAACAACGCGGUCCUUGAAUUGAAAAGAUGCUAGAGAAUGAGAGAAAUGAUAACUUUUUCUUAUUGAGUUAUGCGAAAGAAGCUAGAUUAUGAAUUAUUUUGUGUAUAUAAUAUGUAUGUGUGGUUUUGUAAAAGUUAUUUGUUGAAGUAGUAGUUUGUGAUGGUUUAAGUAGUUAUUGUUGUAGCUAAGUUUUUGGCCUUGAGACAUUUUUUGAUAUUCUUCUACUAAAUCAAUGAAAUGAAGGCGCAAUUGUAAAAAAAA